GCUAUGGAGGCGCCGACAGCAGCGAAUAGAUCCAUCUUCAUGUGUAAGCUCUGUAACUUAUUUUCCCCGAACCAGUCAGCGCUGCUGUCCCACGUCUCCGAGAAGCACACAGAAGAAGGGAUUACGGCGGACGACAUCAUUAUUCCACUCAGGCCUCUUGCGACACCCUCCAAUCUGAAUAAAAGCGGAGAAGAGCUUAUUGUAGUGAAGAGGAGAAGAGGCAGGCCCAAAGGAUCGACCAAGAAGUUUUACGCUGAUGAAGAAUCGGUGGAAAGCGCUAACUGUGUUCCGAGCGAGGAUGUGCAACCUGGACCUGAAGGAGGCGGCGAACUGGCAGAGGUCUUACCAGGCAGCUUGGAAUGCCGGAAAUGCAACCGGAAGUUCUCUAACUCUCGGCAGUUAAGAAAACACAUCUGCAUCAUAGUUAAACAUGAAGACAUUGAAGAUGAAGGUGAUCUAGGUAAUGAUUCUGACGUUGACCUUGACAGGAGGGAAGAUGAGCGUGAAAAAGCACCUAAGAGGCCACGGCUGCAGAGAUCUGAGAAGAGCCUUUUGGCAAAGGAAGCAGACCAGGUCUCGGGAGCUAAGAACCCAAUUAUAAGUGUGGUUUUGACAGCCCACGAAGCUAUUCCAGGUGCUACAAAGAUAGUCCCAGUUGAAGCUGCUCCAGAAACUGAACAAGCAGCCAAUCUGGAGACGUCCGCUUCAGACUCAUUGCAGCGAAGAGGGUAUCAGGAAUAUGCCAUUCAGCAAACCCCCUACGAGCAACCGUUGAAAUCCAGCAGGCUUGGCGCAACGCAGUUAAAAAUUUUUACGUGUGAAUACUGCAACAAAGUGUUCAAAUUUAAGCACUCCCUUCAGGCCCACUUGCGGAUCCACACCAACGAGAAGCCUUACAAAUGCUCUUUCUGCAGCUACGCCAGCGCCAUCAAAGCCAACCUGAAUGUUCACCUGCGGAAGCACACGGGAGAGAAGUUUAGCUGCGACUACUGCCCCUUCACUUGCUUGAGCAAAGGCCAUCUCAAGGUCCAUGUUGAGAGAGUCCACAAGAAAAUCAAGCAGCACUGCCGCUUCUGCAAGAAGAAAUACUCAGAUGUCAAGAACCUAAUCAAGCAUAUCAAGGAAGCCCACGAUUUGCAGGACAAAAAAGUGAAAGAUGUGUUUGACGAGCUCCGCUUGAUGACCCGUGAAGGCAAGAGGCAGCUGCUGUAUGACUGCCACAUCUGCGAGCGCAAGUUCAAAAACGAACUGGAUCGUGAUAGGCACAUGCUUGUCCACGGAGACGAGAGGCCUUUUGCUUGCGAGCUGUGCGGCCACGGAGCCACCAAAUACCAGGCCCUCGAGCUUCAUGUCCGAAAGCAUCCGUUCGUGUACGUCUGCUCCGAGUGCUCGAAGAAAUUUGUCAGCUCCAUCAGGCUGCGCUCACACAUCAAAGAAGCACAUGGGGAUUUGCCCGAAUCUUCUGUUUUUAACAGUUCCAUCAAUCAGAGCUUUUGCCUGCUGGAACCAGGUGGGGACAUUCAACAGGAAGCCCUCAGUGAACAGUUGUCACAAACGGCAGCCGAGCUCUCGCUGUUAAACUCUAAGGUGCUUUGUGUAACAAAGAAAACUCUUUGCCCAGGUGAACCGAAUGAUCCGGAGGGAAGCCAUCAUGAUAACGCUGGGGGCAAUUUAGAUCCCACUCCUUUGGAGCUUCCAGUUCUGAGUGCCACAGAUCCUCUUUGCCAGCCAUCAACCAAAUCAGAUUCCCAGGAUGGGUGCCCGCAUACUGCUUCAGAUGGCUUUCUGCUGAAAAGUGCUCCCUCUGCUUCGGAUGAAGAAAAGGAUCUUCUCGGAAAGGAAGAGGAGACCUCUUGUGAUCACUCACUAAAGAUACAAUGUGAAGUAACUCUGCUCCCUGGAGACGAAAAUGCCGAUAUUAACAGGGAUCCCCAAGAUCCCCAGCGCAUCCCUGAUCCUUCAGAGAAGGACCAAGCAUUGGAUCCUCAGGAUCAGGAAGGUAACAAGUCAGCAACGGAAAAGGUGGACCCCUCAACCCCGCUUCCCCAUCUAGAACCAAACGCUGCCGCCGGUGAAAAUGCAGAUUCUUUCACGCCGUCUGUGGAUCAUCGGACCGGAGCUGCGGCUUUUAUGCAGAUUCUGAAUAGUUUGCAAAAAAGACAAAUGAACACAAGUUUGUGUGAGAAGAUCAGGAAGGUAUAUGGAGACUUGGAAUGUGAAUACUGUGGCAAGCUGUUUUGGUACCAGGUGCAUUUCGACUUGCAUGUCCGCACUCACACUCGCGAACAUCUCUACUACUGCUCUCAGUGCAGCUAUUCUUCCAUCACCAAAAACUGCCUUAAAAGACACGUUGUCCAGAAGCAUAGUAACAUUUUGCUGAAAUGUCCCACUGAAGACUGUGAUUAUUCCACCCCAGAUAAAUACAAGCUGCAGGCACAUCUGAAGGUCCACACAGAGAUGGACAAAAAGAGUUAUUCCUGCCCUGUGUGCGAGAAAUCAUUUUCUGAAGACCGACUUAUAAAAUCACACAUAAAGACAAACCACCCGGAGGUUUCAAUGAACACCAUCUCCGAGAUCGUUGGCAGAAGGGUUCAGCUAAAAGGGCUGAUUGGAAAGCGAGCGGUGAAAUGUCCCUACUGCAAUUUUUAUUUUAUGAAGAACGGGUCAGAUCUUCAGCGUCAUAUUUGGGCCCAUGAAGGUGUCAAGCCGUUCAAAUGCUCUCUUUGUGAAUAUGCCACUCGCAGCAAGAGCAACCUGAAAGCUCACAUGAACCGGCACAGCACUGAGAAAACCCACCUGUGUGACAUGUGUGGGAAAAAGUUCAAGUCAAAAGGCACCCUGAAGAGCCACAAACUCCUCCACACCGCAGAUGGGAAACAGUUCAAGUGCACAGUGUGUGAUUACACCGCUGCCCAAAAGCCACAGCUCCUGCGUCACAUGGAGCAGCAUGCUUCGUUCAAGCCUUUCCGGUGUGCUCAUUGCCAUUAUUCCUGCAAUAUAUCGGGUUCCCUCAAGAGGCACUACAACAGAAAACAUCCCAACGAGAAGUACGUCAAUGCAGGUUCUGGCGAGCUUGCGGCUGAAGCUCUUCUACAACAAGGUGGUAUCAAGUGUCCGGUUUGCAACUUUGUGUACGGUACGAAAUGGGAAUUCAACAGACACCUCAAAAAUAAACAUGGACUCAAACUGAUGGAGUUGGACGGGGAGACAAAGUGGGAGACCACCGCUGAAGUUUCUGAGGAAACCGCCACCCAGUAUCUCCACAUCACAGAAACGGAAGAUCCACAAGGGACUCAGGCAGCAGUUGCUGCUCUGCAGGACCUGCGGUACACCUCGGAAAACGGUGAACGACUCGACCCCACGGCUGUGAACAUCCUGCAGCAAAUCAUCGAUCUGGGCUCGGAGCCCCAUGAUGCAGCCGCCGUCGCCUCCGUGGUCGCCAUGGCCCCCGGGACUGUAACCGUCGUGAAGCAGGUCACGGAAGAGGAGCCGUCAGCCAACCACACCGUCAUGAUUCAAAAAACCUUGGAGCAGGCUUCGGUGGAGUUGGCCGAACAGCAUCAUCUGGUCGUCUCCUCCGAUGAGGUGGAAGGGAUUGGGACGGUGACCGUCUACACCCGGGGAGGAGAGGCCUCUGAACUUAUCGUCUAUGUACAAGAAGCCAUGCAGGCAGUGGAGGAGCAGGCAGUGGAGGACGAAGAAUCUGUACAGAAAAUCUAGCUACAGCACUCCAGGGAGGCAAGCUCUCUGGUACUGCCGAAUCAGAAAAUGCUUUAUAUUCCAUUGUAUAUUGAAUGGCAGGGUUUAGCAGGGCCUCUUACAGCUGCUAGUCCAUCGCCCGUUUAGGAUUUAGCCGGUAUAUGGGUUGUCCUUGAUGGGACUGGCGGAUUUGGACUAGGAGGUUUCUUGGUUCGUACCGAGCCCUGCACAGCUUCUGUUUAAGAAAGCACUGCUCUUUUUUCUACUUUACAAGAGUUCCUCUGCUUCUCCUAAGAGGUUCCUGAGGUCACAUCCUACAAAUCUACAAUCGCAGAUGACCUCAACCGCUUCCUUCUGGGACAAUAAGAAUUUUGUGUCAUCUUUUGGCUGGAAAGCAAAACACAAAGAGUGGUGAUCCCCAAACAGGGCCCUAGAAAGGCCACUUCUGUGUCUUCACUGCUAUUUCAUUUGCACACACUUUAAGAAGACUGCAGGCCAGGAGAUGCAAAAUUUUCAGCCCGCAGGCCACAAUUGGUUCCUGCUUGUGAAUGCUUCAAAUUGGAUGCAGUGCAGCCAGGAAGGGCCAGCACCCAGCUCCCCCUCAAAAGUGGUCACCCUGCUUCUCAUAAUGGCCCUGGAGCUUUUAACAAUUGUCACGACGCAUUUCCCAACAAAUUUAUUAAGCAUCUUGAUGUCUGGCUGAAAAGUUCUUUAAAGCCAGGUACAGCCCCCAGACUAUUUUCUUCCCUCUCCUGUAGGCUUAAAAGGACAAUUCUAAUGGCUGAUCAGCAAGAUCCUAGAUGCCAAAACAUAGCUACAAGUGAUGCCAGCCAUGUGUUUUUUAACAUGUCAAGGUCGUAAUGUU